AUGAAAGAGUAUGAUUUUGAAGCCGACAAAGCGUUUGCCAAGGAAUUUCUGGCGAAUUUCGCCGACGCGAAUGGCGGAUCUAAGUAUUUGGAGAUUCUCCAAGAAGUUGCGAAUCGUAAGAUUCGAGCUAUUCAGGUCGAUCUCACCGACUUAUUCAAUUAUAAGGACGCUGAUGAGGAGUUUUUCAGACGGUUGACUGAGAACACCCGCCGAUACGUUUCCAUCUUCUCCUCUGCUAUCGACGAGUUGCUUCCUGAACCAACAGAGGCGUUUCCAGAUGAUGAUCAUGACAUACUCAUGACACAGAGAGCCGACGAUGGCACUGAGAAUGCAGAUGUUCCUGAUCCGCGCCAGCAGAUUCCUUCGGAGAUUAAAAGAUUUUAUGAGGUUUAUUUCAAAGCUCCUUCAAAGGGGAGGCCAGCUACCAUCAGGGAGGUUAAGGCUUCACACAUUGGGCAUCUUGUCAGGAUAUCUGGAAUUGUGACCCGUUGUUCGGAUGUCAAGCCAUUGAUGGCGGUUGCUGUGUACACAUGCGAAGAUUGUGGUCAUGAAAUUUACCAGGAAGUUACAGCUAGAGUUUUCAUGCCUUUGUUUAAGUGCCCCUCCAGCCGUUGUCGCCUUAACAGCAAAGCCGGAAAUCCUAUUCUUCAGCUCAGAGCAUCAAAGUUUCUAAAGUUUCAGGAGGCUAAGAUGCAAGAGUUGGCUGAGCAUGUACCUAAAGGGCAUAUUCCGAGGUCAAUGACUGUUCAUCUAAGAGGAGAGUUGACAAGAAAGGUAUCACCAGGUGACGUUGUUGAAUUCUCAGGGAUUUUUCUUCCCAUUCCUUACACUGGGUUUAAGGCACUUCGAGCUGGCCUAGUAGCAGACACUUAUCUGGAAGCAACAUCUGUGACUCAUUUCAAGAAGAAAUAUGAGGAAUAUGAGUUUCAGAAAGAUGAGGAAGAACAGAUUGCACGUUUGGCUGAGGAUGGUGACAUUUACAAUAAACUGUCGCGAUCUCUGGCCCCUGAGAUUUAUGGUCAUGAAGAUAUAAAAAAAGCUUUGCUUCUCCUUCUAGUGGGUGCUCCUCACAGGCAACUAAAGGAUGGGAUGAAGAUUAGAGGAGAUGUGCAUAUAUGUCUGAUGGGUGAUCCUGGAGUUGCCAAGAGUCAGCUUCUCAAGCACAUUAUAAAUGUUGCUCCCAGGGGAGUCUACACAACAGGAAAAGGUAGCAGUGGAGUUGGUCUAACCGCCGCUGUUAUGAGAGAUCAAGUAACAAAUGAGAUGGUUUUAGAAGGCGGAGCACUGGUCCUGGCUGACAUGGGAAUCUGUGCUAUUGAUGAGUUUGAUAAGAUGGAUGAAUCAGAUCGUACUGCAAUUCAUGAAGUCAUGGAGCAGCAAACUGUGAGCAUUGCUAAAGCUGGGAUCACGACGUCUCUGAACGCUCGAACGGCUGUUCUUGCUGCAGCCAAUCCAGCCUGGGGAAGAUAUGAUUUGCGAAGAACCCCAGCUGAAAACAUAAAUCUUCCACCAGCACUUCUCUCAAGAUUCGAUCUUCUGUGGUUGAUCCUGGAUCGAGCUGAUAUGGACAGCGAUCUUGAAUUGGCUAAGCAUGUGCUUCACGUGCACCAGACACUAGAAUCUCCCGCCCUUGGCUUCGAGCCACUGGAACCCAACAUUCUCCGUGCGUACAUUUCAGCUGCGAGGAGAUUAUCACCAUACGUUCCAGCAGAGUUAGAGGAAUACAUAGCAACAGCUUAUUCCAGCAUCAGACAAGAAGAAGCCAAAUCAAACACUCCUCAUUCUUACACAACAGUGAGAACCCUGCUCAGCAUUCUCCGCAUAUCCGCUGCACUAGCAAGGUUGAGAUUCUCAGAAUCAGUGGCGCAAAGUGAUGUGGAUGAGGCGCUUAGGCUGAUGCAGAUGUCGAAAAUCUCGCUGUAUGCGGAUGAUCGACAGAAGGCAGGACUGGAUGCAAUAUCAGACACAUACUCAAUCAUUAGAGACGAAGCUGCAAGAUCGAACAAGACCCAUGUGACCUACGCAAAUGCUCUUAACUGGAUCUCCAGAAAGGGAUACAGUGAGGCUCAGCUUAAGGAGUGUUUGGAGGAAUAUGCAGCUUUGAAUGUUUGGCAGAUUGAUCCUAACACCUUUGACAUCCGUUUUAUCUAA